UUCAUAUAGAGUGUUGAAGUACUUUGAAACCCUAACUUUGAGCAUUACUAUUUGCACACUUAAAAAAGGAAAAAUAUAUAUAUAUAUAUAUAAUGGCCUAUUUGAAGUCCUUGGGGCUCAUUGUCUUGCUUUUUUCAAGCUUAUUUAUGGCUUCAGAGAGCCGAAUUGUGGCGAGAAAGGACUUGGGGUUAGACCUUGGUGGAGUGGGGGUUGGAAUUGGUGCUGGGAUUGGUAUUGGACUUGGAGGUGGUGGUAGUGGUAGUGGGGCUGGAGCGGGUUCCGGAUCCGGGUCAGGCGGAUCGAGUUCUUCAUCGAGUUCUAGCUCGUCUUCUUCCUCGUCUAGCUCUGGUGGCGGCGGUGCCGGUUCGUCUGCUGGUUCCUAUGCCGGGUCAAGGGCCGGGUCCGGUUCGGGAAGAAACGGGCGUGGGAAGUGAAGGAAUGCUUAGUAGUCAGUCAUUUUGAUGAAAGUAAGGAAGGAGAUCAAAAGAAUUAGGUGUAAUAUUAUUGGAUAGUCAUGUGUCUUACCGUUAUGAAAAUGGAAUAUCAAUAAAUAGUAGAUGGUGAAAGUUCGUGUGAGUUCUAUGUAAACUUUGUCUUUUUUGUUGGUAAUUCUGUCAUCAUCUUCUUCUUCUUCUUCUUCUUCUUCUGCUUCUUCUUCUUCUCUCUCUCCCUUUCUGGAAGUGUUGAUCAUCAAUACGUAGUUCCCUUGUGUUUAAUUUUAUUUGGGGUCCAAUGUUAAUUAAAUAAGCUGGUUUGUAAGAGUCA